GUUGUGAUGGAGGUGUUCUGUUGAUCACUGGAUCUCCUGGCAGUGGUAAAACAACAUAUUUAUCCGCCUUGGCACUUUCUCUAACCGAAACAGAUUGGUAUCCACCUCUUUCUGUGGGUUCAACACAGUUGUUUAGGUCUAGCCGAAAGGAACACUCAGUGAAAUUGAGAAAAGAUGUGGCUAGUGGAAUUAGAUUUGCUUCUCAGCGUCCAGUACUUGCCAAACAUCAUAUAUUUAUACAUUUCUGUGGCGGUUUAGCAGUCACUUGUUUACCACCGAAGAGGUCAUUAAUUGUUAUGCUUAAAAAAUGGACAAGUCGUCUUCUUACUGAACUUAAAGACUUAUGCGCGUCUAGUGAAGCAGCUACAAAAUUACUGAAUGAAAUUGAGUUGUCCAUUAAAAUGUCAACUUCUUCAACAAAUAUGAAUACAUCAUCUUCUGAUUCACCAUCAAU